CACUACUGAGUCACAAGCCGACGAAGGAUCGCCUCACACUGCUAGUUUGUGCUAACGCUAGCAGUGACUAGGUGAAGUCAUUGUUUAUUACUCUGAAACUCCCACAAUGUUCAACAAUGCCACAAAUAUUUGCAGAUACAAGGCAGCUCCACACUCCCACCAACCUUCUUCUCCUCUCUCUCGCUGUCUCUGACUUUCUGGUGGGCCUCCUGGUGAUGCCUGGAGAGAUCUACUUGGAAGCAUCCUGCUGGGCCUUUGGUGAUGUUCUGUGCUUGUUGUAUAACUAUGUGUCCUUCAUUGUGACGUCUGUUUCAGUGGGAAACAUGGUAUUGAUAUCAGCCGACCGUCAUGUGGCUAUUUGUGAUCCUCUGCAUUAUAACACCAAAGUAACUGUAAAAAGAGUUCAACUUUGCGUUUGUCUUUGUUGGUUCUUUGCUCUCCUCCUGUGUAGCAUCAUUUUGAAGGAUCAACUGGCUCAUCCGCAAACGUGUAGUUCCUGCUUUGGAGAGUGUGUCAUUAAUAUUGACCUUGGAGGAGGGAUUCUUGACCUUAUUGUGACCUUUUUCCUUCCUCUCGCCAUCAUCAUCACUCUGUACAUGAGAGUGUUUGUGGUUGCUGUGUCUCAGGCACGAGCCAUGCGCUCUCAUGUUACAUCAGUCAAACCACAUUCAGUCUCUGGAAGAGCAAAGAAAUCUGAAUUAAAGGCCGCCAGGACUCUUGGUGUCCUUGUCCUUUUCUUCCUCGUGUGUUUCUGUCCAUUUUACAUUUUUUCUCUGGCAAGUUCAACCUUUUCCUCAUCUGCAAAGUACGUUCAGUAUCUGUUCGACUUCAACUCUUGUUUAAACCCGCUGAUAUACGCCUUGUUUUAUCCCUGGUUUAGAAAAGCUGUUGUACACAUUGUCACGCUGCACAUAUUGCAGCCUGGCUCCCGUGGAGAUAACAUAAUGUAGGUGAACAAGGUGUUUUUUUUUAUUUAUUUAACAGAACUGACCUGUUUGACACAGCUUGCAGGCAACUGUACAUUACGUUCCUAAAAUGCUUACAUGUUCAUGAACUUUAAGAGCAUUUUGCUGUACUGUCUUCUUCUGUACAUACUGUACACAUGUUAUUAAAAAUGUAUAGUAAAGUUUCAACCCUCAUAAUUUACGUUUUUCACCUUGUGAAUAAG